AUGCCUACACUUAAAGUGGGUUUGAUUCAUCCGUUGCUAAAUUACGCCACUUUUGGCGACGGUGCAAAACUCGCCUUAGCCGAAAUCAACAAGGCAGGCGGUGUUCUUGGGAGGCAGGUAGAGCUUAUCUAUAAAGUGGAAACAGGAACCAUUGCUGAUUCUGCAACAGAAUUAGCUGAAAUGGAAAAUGUUGUCGCUAUAUUAGGUCCGAUGUUUUCAAGUAGUGCUGUUAAAGUUGGACCGAUCAUCAAUAUCCCUGUCAUUGUGGGUGCAACAGGUGCUGACGUGACGAAUACUGGGAAUGAUCCGAGAGAUUUUCUCUUUCUCGUGGCGAAUUCAAAUGCCUUGCAAGCAAAAGUCAUGGCAGGUUUUGUGGUGAACGACCUCGGAAAGAAAACUGCAGCGAUGAUUUGGCAGAACGGGGAUGUCUACUCUAAAGGUUUCGUUAACGCAUUUGAUGCGGAUUUCAAGGAACUUGGCGGUCGCAUUGUUGCCAAUCAAAUCUAUGAACAAGGCGAUACAAUGUUUGAUGGACAACUUGGGAUCAUCAAAGAGGCAAACCCUGAUGUUCCUGCUUCUCGCAAGUUUUCCGCCAGAGAACCCGAUCAUAGUGAAACAGGCACGGGAGAUGGGCAUUAA